AUGGCUAGUGUUGUCAGCGACACCCGGAAGGUUGUGGGUGGUGAGUGCUGGGCUCUGGCAAAGCAGGUAACCCAUGAUGCAAAGCGACUUUUUGGUUCUGCAUGUGGUGAAACUUGGUUGAAAGGAACAGUCCAACAAGUUGAGCUGAGAAAGAAGACACCAGACGCCAAGAGAGGAACCAACUAUAUCAGGGCGCUGUACAAGCUUGGCCCCACCAAAGCUGUGGAGCAGUGGAUCUGUUUGCAAAGUCUGAAAGCAACCAAUCCAAAUCCAAGUGUUGAUCCGAUUGGUGCCGCCACCGCGGAACAACAACAAGUCCAAAACAACUCGAAUCCUCCUCCAGCCGAACCGACCACCAACAACACUGAUACAUCGCCACAAGCCCUUCCAAUGGAGUUGAAGUGA